CGCAAAAGAUCAUAUUUAGGUUGACAAAAAUGAGACAGAAAUCUAAAGAUUCAUGGAAUGAUAAAAAAGCUCAGAUAAGAUCAAAAAAACACAUGGCAAAUGUGAGAAGAGUAAGUCAUACAAAGAACAUCAUUAAAGUUACAGCUGAAGUGAAUAUUUCUCAAUAUUCAUACACAGAGAAAAAAGAGCAAAAAAUGAAACAUUUUACCUCUAGUCCUGUCGCUUCAAGUAAAACAUCAGAGCCUUCAGAUCACAAGCAUUCUUUUGCAACUGAUAACAUAAGAAAAAGAACCUCGCUACAACUCACACCAGGACAUCUAAACGAAAGAAGAAAUUCAAACUACACGCCUGGACAUUUUGUUGUAUCUGCAACAAGCCUGAUUAUGGCCGGCUCACCUUACAUGGAAUCCACAUUUCUUAAAGGCAGUAGGUCGAUGGAGGAUGUUUUUCUUGGAAAACAAGAGUUUUCUUUUGAAAAUCUUGUAUUUGAAGGAGGAGGAAGCAAAGGUAUUGCUUAUGUUGGCGCAUUACAGGUAUUAGAAGAAGUGGGAAUAUUAAAAAACAUAAAACGAUUUGCUGGAGCAAGUGUUGGUGCUAUGGUCGCAUCUUUAGUAGCAAUUCGCGUUUCACCGGAAGAACUUCAGCAGUUUCUUUGUCAGGAUGUUGGCAAAGUAUUAUCAGACCAUUCCUGCGGAUACUGUAGUCUUCUACCAAAUCUAAGAAAAGGUUUUGGUUGGAAUUCUGGCAAGAAAUUAAACCAUUGGUUUGGUGAACAGUUAAAAGAAAGAACUGGAGAUAGCAAUAUCACUUUUAAAGAGGUAUUUCGUCUGUUUGGCACAGAGAUAUGUAUUGUAGUUACCAAUUUAAAUCAUAUGUCGGUAGAAUACUUUCAUCCUAAAACAACCCCAAACGUCCCAUUACGAAAGGCUGUGAAAAUGUCGAUGGCCUUACCAGGUGUUUAUCAGGUUGUUCGAGAAACGUUCAAUGGUCAAGAAGAUGUCUAUGUUGAUGGUGGUUUACUGUGUAACUACCCAAUUCACGUGUUUGAUGGUUGGUGGUUGUCAAUGGAAUCACAGGAUGCGUUUUUCAAACGUUUAAUUUCGAUACACGACUUUGAAAGACUUUAUGAAAAAUCAGAACGAUUUGGAACUUGGAAUGAAAAAACGCUGGGAAUAAUUCUUUAUUCCAACAGUGAAACAGAAUUGAUGAAGACAACAUUAUCAGACAGACCUGGUAACAAACCACCAUCUCCUCCAGACACAAAACUUGCUAAACAACGAUAUAAACUAAAGCGAAAACAACAAAAAACAAAAUUUGAACACGAACAUAUGGUUCACAUUGUUGAUAGAUUUAUGAAGGAGUUGGAAAUCAACAAUUUAAAUGAAGACAGCCUAAUAAACUUGCAAAAAUUUAGCACAGUUUUCAAAAAACCUGUAAAUCUUCACCCAAAUGAUUUAAUGCAAUUGUUUGGCGAUGAUUGUGACGCAAAGCAAGCAUUCUCAGAAGUAGACAACGACAAUGAUGGAGAGAUCACGUUUCAGGAAUUAAUGGCCUUUGUGGCGAAGAAAGGCGUAAAUUUAAAAAAAAGAUUUCUCGGAUACACCAGGAAAGAAAUAAAAAACUUGCCUGAUUUUUUGCAGACUUUGCAAACAGCGUUACAAGUGAAUGCCAAACGUGUAUUUGUUGAGAAACGUGACGUUUAUCGAUCAAUUGGAAUUGAUACAGACUAUGUGGAGGCAAAUGACUUUAAUUUGGAAAAUGAAGAUAAAGUUUUUCUUAUUGAGUCUGGAAGAAUAGCAGCUCGCGCAUAUUUACAUGAAUACAUAAAAAGACAAAAUGCUGAGUGCGAGGUUUCUUCACCUACAGUCGAAGCAUAUCCACAAUUAUUGCAGACGAGAAGCAAAGAGUUCAUAUCAUCAAAAGAAACAUGGAGCAGAAGUUCAACAAGUAGCUAUAAAUCACUAUCACCUGUUCUUACCCCAGUUCAUAUGGAAUAAUAUACGAUUUAAACAUUGUA